UAAGCUGAAGGGACAGGAAAUUUCACAAUUCCGUGUUGGACUCUGGGCGCCGCGCGGUUCCGAACUGCAUGAGGAGGACCCGGCGGGGUGUCGCGGGGACCUGAAACCUCCCGGAGCCGCAGUCUCCGCGCGGGCGGCCUGGGAAAGUCACAGUCACAGCGCAGUGGCGGGAACCGCAGCCCGGCGGCCCUGGAACCUCCCAGGUGUUACCUUCUUUUGGAUUUGUUCCAUGAAAAGUUCCAAGUACAUUCUAAAGAAUCCCUUUCCCAUAUGCAAGUCUCACAUUGCUCAGUGAGUCCUGCUCAGCUGUGAAUCAGAACAAAGAACCCUGGAUGGUGAAGAGAGAGGAGACAGUAGCAAAGGAUCCAGGGUUCGUUGACAUUCAGCGCUGUGACUGUGGACUUCGCGUGGGAGGAGGGGGAAUGCCUAGACCCUGCUCACAGGGGUUCUGCAGAGAUCUGUUGGAGAAGUGCAGCGGUCUGGAUUCUGACGGUUUGAAUAGUGUUCUUGCCGGCUCCCUUGAGCCUCAGGGUUCCUGAGAAAACUACUCUGCAAGUCUCACAUUGCUUGGUCUGUCCUUCUCCCCCCCCCCCCCCCAUGAAGCAGAACAGAGAACCCUGGAUGGUGAAAAGAAAGGAGCUAUUAGCAAAGGAUCCAGUACUGUGAGUGAAAAUCCAGGAGAAUCUGAAGAAUCUCUUUUCUCAGGUGCAGUAUCAUUGCUAUGCCAGAACUGCUCACUUUUGAUGCAGAACCUACAUACCUGGAAGCAAGAAUUCCAGAUUUUGUUCAAGAAAUAGAAACGCAGAGAAGCACAACAAGAACAAUGAACGCUUCUCUGGGAAACGCUCCCCAGAGUCUGUUAACAUUCAGAGAUGUGGCUGUGGAUCUCUCGAAGGAGGAAUGGGAAUGUCUAGAUUGUGCUCAGAGGGCAUUGUACAUGGAUGUAAUGUUGGAGAAUUACAAUAAUCUAGUCUUUGUAGGUCAAAAUCAAAGAGUCCAGAAAGAACACAAAAAUACAGAGCUUGAUAAAUCUUUUGACUGUCAACAUAAACUCACACUGAAAGAAACCAUUAGUGGGAAGAAAGCAUACCAAAGCGAAAAAUGUGGAAACUGCUUCAAGACAGACUCAAGCCUUAGUAGACAUCACAGAGCUCAUACUAGACAGAAACCCUAUAAAUGUAUAAAAUGUAGUAAAUCCUUUACACGUUUGUCACAACUCAAACUACAUUGCAAAUUCCAUUGUGGAGAAAAGUCUUGCACAUGUACAGACUGUUCUAAGUUCUUUUACCGGACUUCAGAAUUUAAAAGACAUUUGCAUCAGAAAAUUUGUGCUGAAGAGAAACCUUAUGCAUCUGGUGACUAUGAUAAAUUCUUUACUCAGAAAAUGAAUCUUAGAACUCAUCGCAGAAUGCAUUCUGGACAGAAACCUUAUAAAUGUAUUGAAUGUGACAAAACCUUUAUCAGGAUAUUCAGUCUUAGACUUCAUCAGAGGAUUCAUAUAGGAGACACCCCUUACAAAUGUAGUGAAUGUGAGAAAUCCUUUACCCAUAGAGGUAGUCUUCGUACUCAUCAGAGACUGCAUACAAGAGAGAAACCUUACAAAUGUAUUGAAUGUGAUAAAUCCUUUACCACUGCCUCACAUCUUAGAACUCAUCAGAGAAUGCAUACAGGAGAGAAACCUCACAAAUGCAAUGAAUGUGAUAAGUCCUUUACUCGGAAAGACCGUCUUAAAAGACAUCAGAAAAUUCAUACAGGAGAGAAACCUUACAAAUGCAAUGGAUGUGACAAAUCCUUUACCCUGAAAAGUAAUCUUAGAACUCAUCAGAGAAUUCAUUCAGGAGAGAAACCUUACAGAUGCAGUGAAUGUGAUGAAUCCUUUACUCGGAAAGACCGUCUUAGAACUCAUCAAAGAAUGCAUAUAGGAGAAACACCUUACAAAUGCAGGGAAUGUGAUAAAUCCUUCAUCAGUUGCACAGAACAUAGAAUACAUCAGAAAAUGCAUACAGGAGUGAAACUUUACAAAUGUAGUGAAUGUGAUAAAUCCUUUACCCAUAGAGGUAUUCUUAAUACUCAUCAGAGAAUUCAUACAGGAGAGAGACCUUACAAAUGUAUUGAAUGUGACAAAUCUUUCAUCCGGAGAAUCCAUCUUACAUAUCAUCAGAGAAUUCAUACAGGAGAGAAACCUUACAAAUGCAGUGAAUGUGGUAAAUCUUUUAACGACAGAGGCAGUCUUAAUACUCAUCAGAGAAUGCAUACAGGAGCGAAACCUUACAAAUGUAUUGAAUGUGACAAAUCCUUUACCACUUCCUCACAUCUUAGAACUCAUCAGAGAAUUCAUACAGGAGAGAAGCCCUACAAAUGCAGUCAAUGUGACAAAUGCUUUACAAGUGGUACAGACCACAAAAGACAUGAGAGAAUUCAUACGGGGCAAAAACCUUACAAAUGCAGUGAAUGUAAUAAAUCCUUUACGCAUAGAAGCAGUCUUAGUAUACAUCAGAGAAUGCACACAGGAGAGAAACCUUACAAAUGUAGUGACUGUGACAAAUGUUUUACCACUGCCUCACAUCUUAGAAUUCAUCAGAGAAUUCAUACAGGAGAGAAACCUUACAAAUGUAGUGAAUGUGAUAAGUCCUUUACCCGUAGAGGCAGUCUUAGUACUCAUCAGAGGGUGCAUACAGGAGAGAAACCUUACAAAUGCAGUGAGUCUGACAAAACCUUUCUUGAGAAAGACCAUCUUAAAACUCAUCAGAGUAUAAAUACAGGAGAGAAACCUUACAAAUGCAGUGAAUGUGACAAAUCCUUUACCCUGAAAAGCUAUCUUAGAAUUCAUCAGAGAAUUCAUACAGGAGAGAAACCUUACAAAUGCAGUGAAUGUGACAAAUCCUUUAUCACGGUAUUCAGUCUUACUGCUCAUCAGAAAAUUCAUAGAGGAGACAAACCUUACAAAUGUAGUGAAUGUGAUAAAUCCUUUACUCGGAAAGACCAUCUUAGAACUCAUCAGAGGAUGCAUACAGGAGAGAAACCUUACAAAUGCAGGGAAUGUGAUAAAUCCUUUACCCUGAAAAGCUAUUUUAGAAUUCAUCAGAGAAUUCAUACAGGAGAGAAACCUUACAAAUGCAGUGAAUGUGACAAAUCCUUUAUCAGGAUAUUCAGUCUUACUACUCAUCAGAAAAUUCAUAGAGGAGACAAACCUUACAAAUGCAGUGAAUGUGACAAAUCCUUUACUCGGAAAGACCAUCUUAGAACUCAUCAGAGAAUGCAUACAGGAGAGAAACCUUACAAAUGCAAGGAAUGUGAUAAAUCCUUUACCCAUAUAGGCAGUUUCCAUACUCAUCAGAGAAUUCAUACAGGAGAGAAACCUUACAAAUGUAUUGAAUGUGAGAAAUCAUUUACAACUGCCUCACAUCUUAGAACUCAUCAGAGAAUUCAUACAGGAAGAAACCUUACAAAUGCAGUAUAUGUGAGAAAUCCUUUGUCAGUUGCACAGAAUGUAGAAGACAUCAGAGAAUUCAUACCGGAGAGAAACCUUACAAAUGCAAUGAAUGUGAUAAGUCCUUUACCACCGCCUCACAUCUUAAACUUCAUCAGAGAAUUCAUGCAGGAAGAAAACCUUAGAAAGGCAGUGAAGAUAACAAAUCCUUUAUGAAAACUACCGUAGAAUUCAUCACAGAAUUCAUGCAGGAGAUAAACCUUACAAUGCAGCAACUGUGACAAAUCCUUAUUCAUAAAGACAAACUUAGAACUCAUCAGAUAAUUCAUACAGGAGAGAAAUUUUACAAAUUCUGUGAAUGUGAGUUCACCUCAAAAGCUAUCUUAGAACUUAGAGAAAUCAUAGAAGAGAAACCUCAAAAGUUCAUUGAAUAUGACAAAUCCUUUAUUGAUAAAGGCUGUCCUAGAAAUCAUCAGAAUUCAUGCAGGUGAGAAACCUUAAAAUGCAGUGAAUGUGCCAGGCGGUGGUGGUGCACGCCUUUAAUCCCAGCACUCCAGAGGCAGA